CGCUUCAGUCGUAUGCUGUAACCUAGUGGAGUUUAUUUGAGAUAAUGUCAUGUUUUGUAGUGUUCGGAAAGCGAAUGUUCUCUCUUCCGAUCAAAGAUAUUCGAGCAACAGUGUUUUCUCCAACAAGAUGCUGUGAUGUGUUGUGAAUAGAAAGUUCUCUCCAAAGGCCAGUUUUGAGACUGGACGGUGAUGAUGUCCAUGCAAAUGAACGAGGCAGAGAGCUCGGUGAAGGUGGCCGAGUGGCAGCAGACAUACUACGCCCACGACUCCGGCAUCCAAUCAGGCGCCACCACCGUGCGAGAUGACGAGGGCACAGAGUACAGCGCCAAGAAGUAUGCCGUCACCACCACGUUGGUGGAAAACCCUACAGAGGUGGAGGCCCAGUACACCCUGACGCGGGCCCAGCGGGUGAGAGCGGCCAUGUUCCCAGAGACCCUGGUGGAGGGCGAGGCGGUGCUGUCCACUCAGACUGACCCGGGUCAGCAGACCAACGUCCAGCGACUAGCUGAGCCCUCGCAGCUCCUCAAGACCGCCAUCGUCCACCUCAUUAACUACCAGGAUGACGCCGAGCUGGCCACUCGCGCCGUGCCCGAGCUCACCAAGCUGCUGGCCGACGAUGAUGCGGUGGUGGUCAACAAGGCGGCCAUGAUCGUGAACCAGCUGACACGGAAAGAGGCGUCUCGCCGGGUGCUGAUGCAGUCCCCCCAGAUGGUGGCGGCGGUGGUGCGGGCCAUGCAGAACACGGGAGACAUGGAGACAGCCCGUUGUGCCGCCAGCGUCCUCCACAGCCUGUCGCACCAGAGAGAGGGCCUGUUCGCCAUCUUCAAGUCCGGGGGCAUCCCCGCACUGGUCCGCAUGCUCAGUUCUCCCAUGGAGUCAGUGCUGUUCUAUGCCAUCACCACCCUCCACAACCUGCUACUGCACCAGGAGGGAGCCAAGAUGGCGGUGCGCCUGGCCGACGGCCUGCAGAGGAUGGUGCCCCUGCUGAAAAAGAGCAACCCCAAGUUCCUGGCCAUCACCACUGACUGCCUGCAGCUCCUCUCCUAUGGAAACCAGGAGAGCAAGCUUAUCAUCCUAGCCAACGGGGGCCCUGAGGGGCUGGUCUUCAUCAUGAGGAACUAUAAUUACGAGAAACUGCUGUGGACCACCAGCCGUGUCCUCAAAGUUCUCUCAGUGUGCCCUAGCAACAAGCCCGCAAUAGUGGAAGCUGGGGGCAUGCAGGCCCUGGGACAGCACCUGACUGGCUCCAGCCAGCGCCUCACACAGAACUGCCUCUGGACCCUGAGGAACCUGUCUGAUGCUGCCACUAAACAGGAGGGUCUGGACGGCCUGCUGCAGGUGUUAGUGGGACAGCUGGGUUCGGACGACGUCAACAUGCUGACGUGCGCCACUGGGAUCCUGUCCAACCUCACCUGCAACAACUCCCGCAACAAGACCCUGGUCACGCAGUGCGGCGGAGUCGAGGCGCUCAUCCACGCCGUGCUGCGGGCAGGAGAAAAGGAGGAUGUGGCUGAGCCCGCUGUCUGCGCCCUGCGCCACCUGACGUCACGCCACCAGGACGCUGAGCUGGCCCAGAAUGCUGUGCGGCUGCAUUAUGGUAUUCCUGCCAUUGUCAAGCUGCUGGGGCAGCCCCACUACUGGCCUGUGGUGAAGGCCACGGUUGGUCUGAUCCGUAACCUGGCGCUGUGCCCAGUCAAUCAGGCCCCACUGAGGGAUGCUGGAGCCAUCCCCCGAUUGGUCAACCUGCUGCUGAAGGCUCACCAGGACACCCAGAGACACGCCUCCAGUUCUCAGCAGACGUACCAGGAUGGUGUUCGUAUGGAGGAGAUAGUGGAGGGCUGUACAGGAGCCCUGCACAUCCUGGCUAGAGACCCCGUCAACAGGGGAGAGAUCGCCAGCAUGCAGACCAUCCCACUCUUUGUACAGCUGUUGUACUCGUACGUGGAGAACGUGAAGCGUGUGUCUGCGGGGGUGCUGUGUGAGCUGGCCCUGGACAAGCAGUCUGCGGAGAUGAUCGACGCAGAGGGAGCCUCCGCGCCGCUCAUGGAGCUGCUGCACUCCAACAACGAGGGCAUCGCCACCUAUGCAGCAGCCGUUCUCUUCCGUAUCUCGGAGGACAAGAGUUCUGACUACAGGAAGCGUGUGUCCGUGGAGCUCACCCACUCACUGUUCAAACACGACCCUGCAGCCUGGGAGAUGGCCCACAAUGCUGUACCCAUGCAAGCUGCAUACUUGGCGGAUGAGCUGGAUGGAGGCUACCCCCCCUUUGGCUACUCUGACCUGGGCAUGGGCGGGAUGCCACUGGAAGCAGAGAUGCAUGAGCAGUACAUGCCUGAGAUGGCCUACGAUCCCCGACAGGCCUACCCAGAGCCCCUCUAACACACAGGGCCAGGCACAAAAUGGAAAGGGUGAAAUUGGCGUGAACACCAUGGAGGGACAGCUGAAAGAGGAUUUCACCACAAAGGGAAACUCCUAUUUCAUGGGGAGACAUUGGCCAAUCAGGGGCUGUUGUCAGAAAACACAAGAAAAAGAAAAGAAAAAAACAAUAACAAGAAUUUAGUGUUACUCAAAAUGAAAAGUUGCUUUGUUACAGUUAAUGUGGAGGGAAAUUGAACUUUAACUUGUAGAUGCUGUGUUGGUUUUAGGCGUUUCCUUGCAUAUUUACAUUGCAGAUUAUUAUUAUUUUUCUUCAUGUGUAUAAUUUACAUGGCGGUAUGCAGUAGUCCUCAACAAUAACCAGUAACAUUGAGUUCAGACAAGAAGUCCUGUUCGCCACGUUAUGAGACCAGUGGCUAAUUGAAACAGCAGCGGUCCCUGUGCUGCCUAUAACUGUCUAUCAGUCCAGUCCAGUCUAUGAUCCAGACUGCUGCCGGGUCUGAGGUUCCGAGACACGCACCCUCUCCCCAGAAUGUGUGUACACAGCCACUCUCUCCCAGCCGAGUGGUCUCCCAGGCACACUAAACUACAACUUCAGCUGGUGUGUUUGGUUCACCUCUCUUCCUGUGGACCGGUCUUGCUCACCAACAGUUAUAGACACUCAACCGACACAGUAUACAUACAGUGCCUUGCGAAAGUAUUCGGCCCCCUUGAACUUUGCGACCUUUUGCCACAUUUCAGGCUUCAAACAUAAAAAUAUAAAACUGU